CUUAUUAUCUUGCUUUUGGGAAUCAUGGACCAAGAGAAGAAUUUGGUCGGACUGGGACAACUAGUAAAAUAAUUGCAGGAAUUAGCGUAGUGAUGCUUGUUAGUUCAGGACUUUUUUAUUUGACUAAAGUAGCUGUAACCGACAAACCAAGAACUCUUAACAAAGAAUGGGAAGAAGCCACUAAUGAACGUAUGAUUAAACAAAGAUCAGAUCCUAUAUCUGGUAUCUCUUCUGAAGGAUACAAAGGUAAAGGAUAUGUUGUUUCUGAAUAA